CGGACGGAUAUGCCACUUCCUGCUGCAAACAGCCCGCCAAAUCUCGAUCGCAUAUAAGCGCCGCGUGGAAACCAGUCGAGCUAAUUAGCGUACCGCACACAGACGCUGACAGCUCUGCCCAGAGUCUUCAACAUAAUCAUGAAGACGACGUCGUGUGCCGCUCUGCUCUUCCUCACCUUCAUUGCGCUGGCCGAGUCGAUGCCCUCCUGUCCAGACUGCGUCGAGGUCGACUGCCCCGAGGAAGAAGACUGCGCCUAUGGAGUCACGAGCGACAUGUGCGGCUGCUGCAGGGUCUGCGCCAGCGGGCCUGGUGAAGAGUGCGGUGGCUACUGGAAUCACGGAGGUACUUGUGCCGAAGGACUCACCUGCAAACCCAACCUCAUGUUUUACCAACUACCUGGACAGUGCGUGUACAACAAGUGAAGACCCAAGCCAUGGUGAAAGCAGCGACAAGAUUUCAGCACAUACAUGAUACAGUGUAGUGGACAUUCUUUGUAAUGCUAUAUCUGACAGAGGUGGCAUAGCACGUCAGUAUAUACGCAGGCAGAUAACAUUACUGAAGAUGCAACAUCGAGUUGCUGUCAGAAUUUUUAUGCGAUUGCUUGUUAUUCAUGAUAGUUUUACAGAAGUCAAGGUGAACCUGGAUCAUUCCACAGUGCUUUCUACUUAAUGAAGUCUCUGGAGGAAACUCCUGUUCAUCAAUCAUGUGCAAUAUAUUCACACCAAGAGUCAUCUCAUGAACAGCAGCGCAACAGAUUUCUGCUCAGUGUGCAUUGUGCUUGAUGAUGACGAUGUGUGUAUACUUAUGGUGCAAAGGCCAAUGGCGGCCAAAGAGCAUCAGGUGCGUUACGCUUGUGUUUCCUUAAUCUAAACAGUAUUUUGCAUGCUAGUUCGACUUGGACACCAUUGUCAACACUUUUUGUCAUAUGCAUCAUUUAGCAUUGGCUGCAGUCACAGAAUAAGAUAUGCUGCAUGCCACAUUAAUUUUUGGAAUGUAGCUAUGAACAGCAUGAGACUGCUCACAGUUACAAGCCUGUAGGCAGAAACUGAGGUGCCCACUCUUCCCCUUUAUUGCGCAACGCAUCUUUCUAAUGAAUUGUUAUCUCUCUUUUCGAAUCUUUGAGCAGGAUGCAUUGUUUUUCUACUAUGGUCAGGAAACCUUGUGUGUCGGUUCUGCCAAAUACUCAAACCUCGAUAUCAAGCAGCCUCAAAGUUCCAAUGGUGAUAAAGCCUCUAGGGGCAGCACCUAGAGAUAUGAACUAAAUUAGAAUAUAGCUGUGACACCGACCAAUGCAUGUGUGAACCAUUGCCUGUAGGCACCAACCGGUGCUCUAACGUCUUUGCUGCACCCACUGCUACAAUUUUCCAUGUUCAUUAUGCUAAAUUAAGCUGGCCCAUUCAAGGCAGCAGUGUAGUCAGAAACUUGAAAGGGGCAGUGAGGAACACACACUUGACUGGGAAGGGAGGGGCUUGGCAAGCAGAUGUGUUCAUGGAAUCUAUUUUGUUUUUGGGGGGAGGGGAGGUGAGAGGGUGCAAAGGGGUUCAUAUGGCCCUAUUGUUUCUCUCCCUUGACUGCACCUGCGCUUCAAAGUGCACCAUUUCAUGAAAUUAAUGUUCUCUUUUAUUCUUUUUAACAACAUUCAAUGACUUGCACACAUAACGCAACGAUUGUGUGAUAACACAAUGCCAAAAUGGAGUAGCACACAAUAGUGAUCAUGUUUCAUACUUAAUUUAUUGCACAUUGAUUCAGCCCAUCAUAAUUUAACACUUAUUUAUGUGUAAAUAUACAAUUGCUAGCCAGUGUUUUGCAUGCUACCAGCUCCUUUGUGCAUCAGUUGGCAUUGAGUACACAUAUUAAAGGCCUCAUUGUAGAUGCUCAUGCUCUUAUAUACUCUUUAAUGUAUAUACUGGAUGUAACCUUGCAUAUUAGUGUAUGUGUGACCUGAACUUGAAUAAAGCCCUGGAGUAAAAACA